AUUUGUGUGUUUUCUGAGUCAGCAUUAGCUAAACUUUCCAGCAGGCCAUCCACAAAGUACAGCCUGGGCGUUCAAGGGACGUCACUCAUUUCCCCCAGUGACCUUGACAAGUCAGAAGCUUGAAAGCAGGGAAAUCCGGAUGUCUCGGUUAUGAAGUGGAGCAGUGAGUGUGAGCCUCAACAUAGUUCCAGAACUCUCCAUCCGGACUAGUUAUUGAGCAUCUGCCUCUCAUACCACCAGUGGCCAUCUGAGGUGUUUCCCUGGCUCUGAAGGGGUAGGCACGAUGGCCAGGUGCCCCAGCCUGGUGUUGCUUCUCACUUCCAUCUGGACCACAAGGCUCCUGGUCCAAGGCUCUUUGCGUGCAGAAGAGCUUUCCAUCCAGGUGUCAUGCAGAAUUAUGGGGAUCACUCUUGUGAGCAAAAAGGCAAACCUGCAGCUGAAUUUCACAGAAGCUAAGGAGGCCUGUAGGCUGCUGGGACUAACUUUGGCCAGCAAGGACCAAGUUGAAACAGCCUUGAAGGCUAGCUUUGAGACUUGCAGCUAUGGCUGGGUUGGAGAUGGAUUCGUGGUCAUCUCUAGGAUUAGCCCAAACCCCAAGUGUGGGAAAAAUGGGGUGGGUGUCCUGAUUUGGAAAGUUCCAGUGAGCCGACAGUUUGCAGCCUAUUGUUACAACUCAUCUGAUACUUGGACUAACUCGUGCAUUCCAGAAAUUAUCACCACCAAAGAUCCCACAUUCAACAUUCAAACUGCAACACACACAACGGAAUUUAUUGUCAGUGACAGUACCUACUCGGUGGUGUCCCCUUACUCUACAAUACCUGCCCCUACUACUACUCCUCCAGCUCCAGCUUCCACUUCUAUUCCACGGAGAAAAAAAUUGAUUUGUGUCACAGAAGUUUUUAUGGAAACUAGCACCAUGUCUACAGAAACUGAACCAUUUGUUGAAAAUAAAGCAGCAUUCGAGAAUGAAGCUGCUGGGUUUGGAGGCGUCCCCACGGCUCUGCUAGUGCUUGCUCUCCUCUUCUUUGGUGCUGCAGCUGGUCUUGGAUUUUGCUAUGUCAAAAGGUAUGUGAAGGCCUUCCCUUUUACAAACAAGAAUCAGCAGAAGGAAAUGAUUGAAACCAAAGUAGUAAAGGAGGAGAAGGCCAAUGAUAGCAACCCUAAUGAGGAAUCAAAGAAAACUGAUAAAAACCCAGAAGAGCCCAAGAGUCCAAGCAAAACUACUGUGCGAUGCCUGGAAGCUGAAGUUUAGAUGAGACAGAAAUGAGGAGACACACCUGAGGCUGGUUUCUUUCAUGCUCCUUACUCUGCCCCAGCUGGGGAAAUCAAAAGGGCCAAAGAACCAAAGAAGAAAGUCCACCCUUGGUUCCUAACUGGAAUCAUCUCAGGACUGCCAUUGGACUAUGGAGUGCACCAAAGAGAAUGCCCUUCUUCUUAUUGUAACCCUGUCUGGAUCCUAUCCUCCUACCUCCAAAGCUUCCCACGGCCUUUCUAGCCUGGCUGUCCUAAUAAUAUCCCACUGGGAAAAAGGAGUUUUGCAAAGUGCAAGGACCUAAAACAUCUCAUCAGUAUCCAGCGGUAAAAAGGCCUCCAGGCUGCCUGAGGCUAGGUGGGUUGAAAGCCAAGGAGUCACUGAGACCAAGGCUUUCUCUACUGAUUCCACAGCUCAGAUCCUUUCUUCAGCUCUGAAAGAGAAACACGUAUCCCACCUGGCAUGUCCUUCUGAGCCUGGUAAGAGCAAAAGAAGGACAGAAAAGUUUAGCCCCUGAAGGCCAUGGAGAUUCUCAUAACUUGAGACCUAAUCUCUGUAAAGCUAAAAUAAAGAAAGAAAUAGAACAAGGCUGAGGAUACCACAGUACACUGUCAGCAGGGACUGUAAACACAGACAGGGUCAAAGUGUUCUCUGAACACACUGAGUUGGAAUCAUUGUUUAGAACACACACACUUACUUUUUCUGGUCUCUACCACUGCUGAUAUUUUCUCUAGGAAAUAUACUUUUAUAAGUAACAAAAAUAAAAACUCUUAUAAAUUUCUAUUUUUAUCUGAGUUAUAGAAAUGAUUACUGAGGAAAAUUAUUCAGUAAUUUGUUUAAAAAGUAAUAAAAUUCAACAAACAUUUGCUGAAUAGCUACUACAUGUCAAGUGCUGUGCAAGGUGUUACACUCUGUAAUUGAAUAUUAUUCAUCAAAAAUUGCAUAUAGUAGAACGCUAUCUGGGAAGCUAUUUUUUUCAGUUUUGAUAUCCCUAGCUUAUCUACUUCCAAACCAAUUUUUAUUUUUGCUGAGACUAAUCUUAUUCAUUUUCUCUAAUACAGCAACCAUUAUAAGCUUAAUUUAUUAUUAACAUACCUAAGAAGUACAUUGUUACCUCUAUAUACCAAAGUACAUUUUUAAAGUGCCAUUAACAAAUGUAUCACUAGCCCUCCUUUUUCCAGAAGGGCCUGAGAGAUGCAGAAAUAUUUGUGACAAAAAAUUAAAGCAUUUAG